AUAAAUAUGAUCAAACGAGAAUCCUGGAAGCUCCUAGAGACAUCUGCCAAUAUCUUCAUAAAUGGGGCCUAAAUGUCACCCGUGGCAGUAGAAGAUGGAGCCUGCACCAAUAUUUGGUCGAAAAUUCCAUUGUGCAGGGAGAUUACUAAAGGGACUUUCCCUAUGCAGCUUUUAUAGUUCAGAAGAGUGCAUUCCUUCUUUGUGGGUUUUUCGUUUCCCGUCCGAGGAAUACUUGCACAAAAAAUAGGUUUACAGCAAGUUUACUCUAUUCUUUUCUUGAUGGAUUAUUCUUGCUAUUGUAAUAAGCUCAGAAACCAUUCGAACGGGUUGUUCCUUAUGUGAUUCCUUUACUUUCCUCUCAUAAAAGUCAUUUGUCCGCCUUUUAGGUCUGUUAAAUCCAGAGUAGUGUGCUUCCUAUCUACAAACCCAAAAACGAGAUUGAAAGUCAUACGAAAGCAUGGGGUUUCGUUAUCUGUAUAUUUUGUUGCUCUGCUUAUUUAGUCAAGGUUUUUUGAGAGGCGUUCAUGGUGGCUUUGCAUGCAACUGGGGAACGCGGGCGACACACCCAUUGCCACCUGAUAUAGUUGUGAGGCUUUUGAAGGACAAUGGGUUCACCAAGGUGAAGCUAUUUGAAGCUGAUCCUGGGGCACUUGAAGCUCUAGGAGAUUCCGGUAUCCAGGUUAUGCUGGGAAUACCCAAUGAGUUCUUGGCACCGCUAGCAAGUACUGUUACGAUCGCUGAAACGUGGGUGGCUCAGAAUGUAUCAAAAUACAUGUCUAAAUACGGGGUCGAUAUAAGGUAUGUGGCUGUAGGAAAUGAACCCUUCCUCACAAGCUACAAAGACGCAUUCCUCAACACCACAUUUCCAGCACUCCAAAACAUUCAAGCAGCCCUCAUAAAAGCCGGGCUAGGGAGACAAGUGAAGGUCACUGUUCCACUAAACGCCGACGUCUACCAGACCGACAGUGGUCUUCCCUCCGGAGGCAACUUCCGGUCCGACAUCCACAGCCUCCUACUCUCCAUGAUGAAGUUCCUCAGUGACAAUGGUGGUGCUCUCACUAUCAACAUCUACCCCUUUCUUAGUCUCCAAGCUGACCCUGAUUUCCCCAAAGAAUAUGCCUUCUUCGACAAAGGUGCAAAACCUGUUGUGGAUGGUUCUAUUUCCUACACCAAUGUUCUUGACGCCAAUUUUGACACCUGCAUUGCUGCUCUGGAAAAGAAUGGCUUCUCCUCUUUGCCUGUUAUUGUAGGAGAGAUCGGGUGGCCGACUGAUGGUGACCCCAACGCUAACAUAGAAAAUGCAAAAAGAUUCAAUCAAGGGCUUGUGCGUCGUAUACUUGCAGGGCAAGGCAGCCCAAAAAGGUCAACCCCGCCUGAUAUAUACAUAUUCGGACUCAUAGAUGAAGAUGCCAAGAGCGUCCUACCUGGGAAUUUUGAGCGGCAUUGGGGCGUCUUCAAUUAUGAUGGAUCACUCAAAUACUCAUUGGAUAUAGGUAAAGGAAAAGCUUUGGUUCCGGCGAAAGGAGUGCAAUACUUGGCAAGACGAUGGUGCAUAAUGUCACCUUCAGCAAGCACUUCCGACCCCAAUUUGGUCCAGAGCAUCGACUAUGCUUGCACUUAUGCCGAUUGCACUAGUCUUGGAUAUGGCUCUUCUUGUGGAAUGCUUGACCCAAGGAGCAAUGCUUCUUAUGCUUUCAAUAUGUACUACCAAACCAUGGACCAACGCAAAGAUGCAUGCAAUUUCUCGAGUCUGUCCAUCACCACCAGUGUCGAUCCAUCUCCACCGUCGAAUGGCCAGAACAGGACGUGUCAGUUUAAGAUCAUGAUCGAUCUGUCGAAGCACCAGAAAGCUAAACGGCCUCCUUCUUCAGUGGCUGCAGGACUAAAUGAGCAUAGCUCCCAAAAAUUUGUGAUGGCUUUACUUGUCCUUGUAUUAGUGUCCACAUUGAUCAUCUAAUAUUUACUAGUGUCCAGUGUCCACAUUGUCCGGAUUGGACUGAGAGGCGAUGCCUAUGCCUCUUUGUUCUUUUGUCGUACUUUUUUUCCUAUUUUUUUUAAAGAAAUAAUAAUAUCAAAUAAAUUUGAGCU